AUGAGUUUCAAGGGCUUUCAGAAGAGCAUCGUGCGCGCCCCGCAGCAGUUUAAGGUCAAAUUCAACAUUGGCGAGCACACCAAAGAUGCCGUCUAUAGUGAUGCCGAACGCCGCUUCCAGGAGCUCGAGAAGGAGACCAAGAAGCUGCACGACGAGUCCAAGAAAUACUUCGAUGCUAUUAACGGCAUGUUGAACCACCAGAUUGAAUUCUCCAAAGCCAUCGCCGAACUCUACAAACCCAUUUCCGGCCGUGCCUCUGAUCCCAACUCCUACCAAUUCGAAGGAAACCCCGAGGGCAUCCAGGCCUGUGAGGACUACGAAGUAAUUGUGCGGGAGCUGCAGGAGGCCUUGGCACCAGAGCUGGAUAUGAUCGAAAGCCGUGUGAUUAGCCCUGCCGAUCAGCUGCUGGAGGUCAUCAAGGUGAUUCGCAAGGUUGCUGUCAAACGCGACCACAAGAAGUUGGAUUACGACCGUCAUCGUGCCUCCCUGAAGAAGUUGCAGGACAAGAAGGACAAAUCCCUCAAAGACGAGAAGGCCCUCUACAAGGCUGAGAAUGAUGUCGAGCAAGCCACCCAGGAGUUUAACUACUACAACGAUCUCUUGAAGGAGGAGUUGCCCAAGCUAUUUACCCUGGAGGCCGAGUUCAUUCGCCCGCUGUUCCAGUCCUUCUACUAUAUGCAACUCAAUGUCUUCUACACUCUACACGAAAAGAUGCAAGGCAUGAAUAUCAGUUAUUUUAACUUGGCCCUCGACGUCGAAGAGGCCUUUGAACAGAAACGAGGCGACGUAAAAGAGCGUGCCGAGGAGCUAGUCAUUGUUCACUUCAAGACAAAAGGGCUGGGUCGCAGCAACUCCAAGCUGGGCAAGUUAUCGGACAGCAAGAGCCCUGUCGGUCGUGGACGGGCCACCUCAACCGCUGAUGAGAACCCACCUCCCCCUUAUUCCAGUGCUGGUAUCAGUCCAAGCCCAACCGGAAGCCUCUCUGCCGCCGCCAAGAGCAAACCGGCUCCCCCUCCCCCCACGGGCCAAACCCGCCCAUCUCAGCAAGCAAGUCGAAAUGGUCACCGCUCUUUAUGA